CCUCUUUCCUCUUUUGGUAUUGACGGAUUGGUCUGUAUUGUCAUUUUGUCAAUUAGCAUGAACAUUAUUUGUUUUAUUUGUUCAUUACAUUCCCUUACUUAACUAUCGAUUUAUAUGUUGAGUUUUAUAAAAUUUUAAUUUGUAAUGGGUAAAGUAAAAAAGAUUAAAGGUCCUAAGCCAGUAAAAAAUAUUGCCUUAGAUAAACAACUUGAAGAUGAUAACCUAGCCAAAAGCAAAAAUCGUGUGAAAGAGAGAUUUAGGCAUGAUGAAGAUGAAGCUUUUGUCGACUCGAAGCUUACGCAGAGGAUUCUGAUACAAGCUCGCAGACAGCAGGAAGAGUUAGAGGAUGAGGUGGGAACAGAUGGAGCUUCCGGCCACCAGAGAGCAGCAGCUGUUAGUCUAGGAGAUGACCAAUCAGAGCACUCCGACACCUCCGAUGUAGAAGAUGGCACUGCAGACUUCGGGAAUCCGAAAAUCAGCGAAGAAGAUGAAAGGGAGUUAGAAAUGUUUAUGAGCAAGAAUCCAAAGCCACAGUUGACAUUAGCAGAUGUCUUACGAGAGAAGUUCACUGAGAAACGUACAGAAAUACAAACACAGUUCUCUGACAACGGAAGCAUUCAAGUUGAAAACAUUGACCCACGAGUACGAAAGAUGUAUGAAGGGGUGAGAGAUGUGUUAGCAAAAUACCGAAGCGGAAAACUACCGAAAGCAUUCAAACUUCUACCUAAAGUGAGAAACUGGGAACAACUUUUGUACAUUACAGAUCCCGAACGGUGGAGCGCAGCUACGAUGUACAUGGCAACGAGAAUCUUUGCGUCCAAUCUGAAGGAGAAGAUGGCUCAGAGGUUCUACAACCUGGUGCUCUUGCCUAGAGUGAGGGACGACAUUGCUGAGUACAAACGACUCAACUACCACCUCUACCAGGCUCUGAGGAAGUCUCUCUUCAAACCAGGAGCCUUCAUGAAGGGAAUAUUGCUGCCCUUAUGUGAGAGCGGAACAUGUACGUUGCGGGAGGCGACCAUUGUAGGCUCAGUGUUGGCUCGUAACUCAGUCCCGAUGUUACACUCGGCAGCCACAUUGUACCGCCUUGCUGAGAUGGACUACACAGGAGCCAGCAGCAUCUUCCUUAGAGUCCUGCUGGACAAGAAGUACGCUCUGCCUUACAGAGUCAUUGACGCCGUCGUCUUCCACUUCCUCAAGUUUGAGAAGGACAAACGAGAGUUACCUGUUCUAUGGCAUCAGUCUCUCCUCACAUUUGCUCAAAGGUACAAGAACAACAUCAGCUCGGAGCAGAGAGACGCUCUGCUAGCCUUGCUGCGUACACAGACUCAUGCAGCCAUCACACCAGAGAUACGCAGAGAGCUGCAGAGUGCACAGUGUAGAGACCUGGCUGUGACAGAGCCGGUCCCGCAGCCCAUGGAGUAAUAAACAUGUUCUGUUCUA